AUGGAUUCCCAAACCCUAGACUCCACCGAUCUCUUCCUGGCCGCCCUCAAAACCCUGGAACUCUCUCCGCCACCCUCACCCUCCCUCCCUCCAAUCCCCCCCUCCGUCCCCCACUCCAAGCUCAUUCCCCACACCCGCUUCCUCGUCGACGCCUUCCGCCACGCCGGUCCCCACUCCCACUCCUACUUCCUCUCCCACUUCCACUCCGACCACUACGUGAAGAAUUUACAUACUGAUUCCCCCCUCCUCAUCGACGGCGUCCACGUCACCCUCAUCGACGCCAACCACUGCCCCGGCGCCGUCAUCUUCCUCUUCUCCAUCCCCCGCCCCCCCGCCGCCCCCCUCAGGUACGUCCACACCGGCGACUUCCGCUUUUCUAAUACCCUCAUUUCGGAGCCCGCCCUCGCUCCCUUCGUCGGCGCCGACGCCGUGUUUCUCGACACCACAUAUUGUAACCCUAAAUUUAAAUUCCCCUCGCAAGAGGAGUCUGUUGAGUAUGUUCUCAAUGUUGUGGAAAACGUUGAGCGUGAGUGUGAGGGUAGUAGUGACAACGUUUUGUUUCUUGUUGCUACUUAUGUUAUUGGAAAGGAGAAGAUUUUGCUUGAGCUUGCACGCAGGUUUAAGAGGAAGAUACACGUGGAUGCUAGAAAGAUGGAGGUUUUGAGCGUUCUUGGAUACGGGGAGAGUGGCGAGUUUACCGAGGAUGGGAAGGAGAGUAAUAUUCAUGUGGUUGGGUGGAAUGUGUUGGGGGAGACUUGGCCAUACUUUAGGCCUAAUUUUGUUAGAAUGAAGGAGCUUAUGGCUGAGAGAAGAGGGUCCUACUCCAGGGUUGUGGGGUUUGUUCCGACUGGGUGGACUUAUGAAGUGAAGAGGGGUCGGUUUGCGGUUAAGUCCAAGGAUUCGUUUCAGAUUCAUCUUGUGCCGUAUAGCGAGCACUCGAACUAUGAUGAGCUUAGGGAGUUUGUCAAGUUUUUGAAGCCCAAGCGGGUUGUUCCAACGGUGGGGUUGGAUGUUGAGAAGAGUGACAGCAAACAUGCUGACAAAAUGAGGAAGUAUUUUGCUGGGUUGGUUGAUGAGACUGCCAAUAAGCAGGAGUUUUUAAGGGGGUUUUGUCAAGCUCCUGGUGAUGUGGGUUUUGAGGUUGAGAAGGGUGUUGAUGCAAAGAAAGAAGUCAAACAAUCAGAGACAGAAGGUGGUGGAAGUAUUAAUCCAGAUGUGGCUGUGAGUUUGUCCACUUCUAUGAGAGAAGCUUGUACACAAGAUCCUGCUUUGCUGAAUGAUGAAGAAAAAGAGAAAAUCAUUCAAGAACUGAGUUGUUGUUUGCCCUCAUGGGUCACCCGAAACCAGCUGUUAGAUCUGAUUGGCAUCUCAGGGACCAAUGUUGUUGAAGCUGUUUCUAAUUUCUAUGAACGUGAAACUGAAUUUCAUGAGCAAGUGAAUUCCUGUAAAGCUCCUGUUUCAACAUCCAAGUGCUGCACAUUAAAUGACACGGAUUCACUUAAAAAACCUUGCCCUAAUACAAACGACGCUUCCAAAAAUAUUAACAUUUUUCCAAGUCAAGACACGACUAAAAUAACUAACCUGAAGCGUACAGUACCAAGUCCCAUUUCUCCUGCCAAAAGGAAGAGAAGUAAUGAAAGUAAGCAAAACAAAAUAGUCAAAACAAAAGCCAAAGCAAAAUCUGAACCAAGUGGUGCAAAGCAGCCGACAAUUACAAGAUUCUUCAGUAAAGUGAUGCCUGAAGCGCCUGGCAGUACUCAAACUGAUAGUAUUGGACCAAAGCUUGAGCAAAGUUCCAAAGUUGUAGACUUAUUGCCGACUCAUGAAGAACAACAGUACAAGGAUGAGAUUGAUCAAUUCAUGCAAAUAAUAAAUGGGAACAAGUCACUAAAAGAAUAUGCCAUCACUAUAAUUGAGAAGACGAAAGGAGAUGUCAAUAAGGCAUUGGACAUAUAUUACUGUAAUGCUAAUAAUCUUGGUGAAGGUGAAAUAUCAUGUCAAGUGGAGAGCAAAAUUGAUAGACCUGUAGUGAAGAAGCAUGCAUCAGAGGAAUUGAGAAUUAUACCUGAUAUAUCUGAGCAGAAAGUGUUAAAAGAUAAUGUAGAUGCUGCUCAUCUAUCUCUACCACCUGAUAAAUACAACCCUAAAGAACAUGCAUGUUGGCGUGAUGGACAGCCUGCACCAUAUCUACAUAUUGCACGAACCUUCAACCUUCUUGAGGGUGAGAAAGGAAAGAUAAAAGCUACUUCAUUGUUAUGCAAUAUGUUCAGAAGUUUGUUGAUCUUGUCUCCAGCUGAUGUGCUUCCUGCUGUGUAUCUAUGCACAAACAAAAUUGCUGCAGACCAUGAAAAUAAGGAACUAAAUAUUGGUGGAAGUUUAGUCACUGCAGCACUUGAAGAGGCAUGUGGAACAAAUCGAUUGAAAAUAAGGGAGAUGUAUAACAAAUUUGGUGAUCUUGGUGAUGUUGCUCAGGAGUGUCGUCAAACACAGAGAUUGCUUGCAUCACCUACACCACUUCUAAUUAAGGAUGUUUUCUCUGCACUACAAAAUAUAAGUGUACAAACAGGCAGUGGAAGCACGUCUCGGAAGAAAGGCAUCAUUGUUCAUCUCAUGCGUUCCUGCCGUGAGAAGGAGAUGAAGUUUCUUGUUCGGACCUUGGUCAGGAACCUAAGGAUUGGGGCAAUGCUUAGAACUGUGUUGCCUGCAUUGGCUCAUGCUGUUGCUAUGAAUUCUUGCCCUACUUUGCACAAAAAAGGAACUGCAGAAAAUUUGAAGGAGAAACUUCAGGUUCUUUCUAUGGAAGUUGUUGAAGCAUAUAACAUACUGCCAAAUUUGGAUCUCAUAGUUCCAUCUCUCAUGAACAAAGGCAUCGAAUUUUCAGUUUCAAAUUUAUCAAUGGUUCCAGGAAUCCCUAUUAAGCCUAUGCUAGCAAAGGUCACCAAUGGUAUUCCCCAAGCAUUGAAGCUAUUUGAAAAUAAAGCAUUUACAUGCGAAUAUAAGUAUGAUGGUCAGCGAGCUCAAAUUCACAGAUUAGUUGAUGGUUCAAUUCGUGUUUUUUCAAGAAAAGGGGAUGAAUCAACUUCAAGAUUUCCUGAUCUAAUUGACAUAAUUAAGGAAUCCAGCAAGCCUGUUGCAUCAACUUUCAUAAUGGAUGCAGAAAUUGUUGGUAUUGACAGAAAAAAUGGAUAUAGGAUUAUGUCUUUCCAGGAGCUAUCUUCACGUGAAAGAGGUGGCAGAGAUAUGUUGAUUACUGCAGAGAGCAUCAAGGUAGAUAUUUGCAUCUUUGUCUUUGAUAUCAUGUUCGCAAAUGGAGAGCAGUUAUUGGGUUUUCCUCUCCGCCUUAGACGAAAGUGUAUGCAUCUAAUCAUCUUAUUAGAUUGUGAAUCUUCUGCAUUUUAUGGCAAGAUUGAAGCAGACAAUGCUUGUUUAACCUGUGAAGCAACAUUAACUAAGAUAAAUGCUUUUCUAGAAGAUGCACUACGCUCUUCAUGUGAAGGAAUUAUGGUGAAAACAUUGGAUGUUGAUGCUGGGUAUUUUCCAUCAAAGCGUUCUGACAAAUGGUUAAAGGUCAAGAGAGAUUAUGUGGAAGGAUUAAAUGAUACUCUUGAUUUAGUACCGAUUGGUGCAUGGCAUGGAAAUGGAAGGAAAGCUGGAUGGUAUAGUCCAUUUCUUAUGGCUUGUUUCAAUCCUGAAACUGAGGAGUAUCAAAGUGUAUGUCGUGUGAUGUCUGGAUUCUCAGAUUCAUUUUACAUAGAGAUGAAAGAAUUUUUCUCUGGGGACAAAGUUUUGUCCAAAAAGCCACCAUAUUAUCAAACAGGAGAGGCACCAGACAUGUGGUUUUCUCCACAAGUCGUUUGGGAAAUAAGAGGAGCAGACUUUACAGUAUCCCCCGUUCAUCAUGCUGCCAUUGGUUUAGUUCAUCCAUCUCGUGGCAUCUCAAUCAGAUUUCCAAGAUUUAUUCGUUCUGUCUCAGAUAGAAACCCAGAAGAAUGUAGCACACCUGCCGAUAUAGUUGAAAUGUUUCAUUCUCAGACUCGAAAGAUGGACGUCACAGCUCAAAACUGAAUGUUGAUUUGUUUUCUGCAUAUAUAUAAUCAGUUCUGGAUGUAAAUUGUUUCUAGGUUUCAGGUUAUUGAAGAUUUUAACGUUUUAUAUGUAUAGUUUAGAAGUUUUAGCAGAAGAUUGUCUUGGCUUGUCCCACGAAAGUUGUGCUAGCUUCUUUCUGGUAUUCUACCCUCUGGGACAGUAUUGAUGUCAUACAUGCUUUUGUUAUUUGAGAGAAACAAAUUUUGAUCCAACUUACGUCUGACCGAUGGAUACAGUCCUCUCUUGAUAAAACAUUCUAUGGGAUUGAUGUAUACAUCCAUCUUCAACAAACAGUUCAACAUUGGUGAAACCAACAUGGUUAGCCGAUUGGUUAAAUGUUAUUAAUGAGAAUAGUAAUUUCCCUAUUUUUAA